UUAAAAAUAUUAACUAUAAUAUCGAAAGUGGGUCUAGAUUUCUUAGAGUGACUAUAGUUAUUGUCGAAUCAAAAUUAAAUUCAACAUUUUUUGAGUUUUAUUCAUGUUCAGUAGGUUAUAUUAAAACUUAUCUCAACUUUUUAUAAAUUAAAAUAAUGGCUUAUAUAGUGGAUUUGCGUUCAGACACAGUGACUAAGCCUACUGAAUCUAUGAAGCAUGCUAUGGUCAACUCGGCUUUAGGCGACGACGUGCUUUCCGAAGAUCCGACAGUAAUAGCUUUAGAAAACAAAAUAUCAACUAUGUUGGGUAAACAGGCAGCAUUGUUCGUUCCCUCUGGCACUAUGAGUAAUCUUAUUGCAGUUAUGGUGCAUUGCAGCAAGAGAGGUUCAGAGGCACUGGUUGGUGAAACAUCACACAUCUUUAGAUAUGAACAGGGUGGCUCAGCACACCUCGCUAACGUCCUGCUGACCACCCUGCCGAACAAACCUGAUGGCACCUUCGACCUGCAGCGGGUGGAGCAGAGCAUCCGAGGGUCUGAUAUUCACGAACCUAUCACUUCUCUUGUAGCUGUGGAGAACACACAGAACUAUUGUGGUGGAAAGGUGUUGCCAUUAAGUUGGCUGGAUGAACUAGCAGUCCUAUGCAAGAAGCAUUCAAUACCAAUCCACAUGGACGGUGCGAGGCUGUUCAACGCUUGCGAGUACAGCAAGCAGUCGCCCGCCAGGAUUGUGAGGGAUUGUGCUAGUGUCUCCGUGUGCUUCAGCAAAGGACUGUCGGCCCCUGUCGGCUCAGUGCUCGUUGGGUCAUACCAUUUUAUAGAACAGGCUCGUCGUUGCCGCAAGAUGCUGGGCGGUGGCAUGCGGCAGGCGGGCGUGUUGGCCGCCGCAGCCAUUGUAGCGCUUGACGAGGUCGUGCCGCUGCUUUCCUUCGACCACAAACGCGCUCAUAGACUUGGCUUAGUAAUUCACGGUCUGUUUCUGAAGUCAUUCAGCGUUGACGUGGAGAAUCAGCACACGAAUAUAGUGCUGGUGAAGAUACGGCCGGAGAGUCCCAUCACCGCUGAUCAGGUGCUGCAAAGGCUCGCUCAGGUCUGCCUCGCGGAGACCCAGGGUGACUGCAAGACUCCAAACGACGAAGGUGUGAUUGUUAAAGGCGUUCAAUUCAACAGUAAGACGAUCAGGUUUACAUUGCACCGGGAGAUCACCGACGAGGACCUGUGGCUCGCCAUCAUGAAGAUCACGUAUGUCUUCAAGGAGCUGGACGCAAGUGUCAAUAAGUAAUGUACACAUACUUUAUAGUAACGUCAUACUCGUGAACGGGGACUGGUGUGUUCAGGUUACGGCCACAGAUUAGACUAUUCUCUCUAAUUGAAUUUAAAAAUUAGUCUGUAUUCUUGUAGACAUACAGAUAAAUUUGCUUGUUUGAGAAGAAUAAGAGUUUUUUAGCUA